CUCAAGUUGUUCCAUGAGAUCGCCAUUUUAGAAAAUUUUACUUCAAAACGAACUGAAUAUUUCGUGUAAAAAUGAGGGAUGUGAAAGGAUUCUUGAGUAGAAAACAAAGUGAAGGGGGACCUUUGGCAUCGGAAUGGGUUUCUUUGGGUGAACUGUACGAGAAAAAGUUAUGGCAUCAAUUGACUCUGAAACUUACUGAGUUUGUCAAGAACGAGUACUUUGCCCAAAAUGGAGGGCUAGUAGAGAUGUAUGAUAAUUUCCUUGCAGACUUUGAACACAGAAUAAACAUGCUUUCCCUCAUGGAAAUCGUGAUAUAUAUUAUAAAGGAAAUAAAGGAACCAGAAACUGCUAUUGAGUUCCUUGAAAGGGAAAAAGAAAAGAUCAAAAAUGAUAUAGAGGCUGAAGUUCUGUGUAUGACAGCCAUUGGUAACAUUAAACUUCAACAGAGCAACAUGGAAGAAACAAAGGCACUGGUUGAACAAGCAAGGGGGAUGCUGGAGACCAUAGAUGGAGUAACUACAGUUCAUGGACGGUUUUACGAACUGUGCAGUAACUAUCACAAAAUUACUGGUUCAUAUAAUGACUACUACAGAGAUGCACUGCGUUUUUUAGGCUGUGUAGAAAUAAGUACCAUGGCAGUUGGUGAACAAGUAGAUAGAGCCCUACACCUUUCUCUAGCAGCUUUACUGGGAAAUGAUAUCUACAACUUUGGAGAACUGCUUGCACAUCCUGUACUGCAGUCCCUCAAAGGAACAGAGCACGAAUGGCUAAUAGAUCUUCUCUUUGCAUUCAACAGUGGUGACUUGGCCAAAUUUGAAUUGUUGAGACCUCAGUGGCAGAAACAGGCUGACUUGAACCGCAACUACAAGAACCUAAGACAGAAGAUCAGCUUGCUGUGCUUGAUGGAGUUGACAUUCAAAAGACCCUCUCAUGACAGAAACCUUACAUUUGCAAUGAUAGCAAGAGAAGCACAGUUACCCCUUGAAGAGGUAGAGCUCCUUGUAAUGAAAGCUUUAUCACUUGGCUUAGUAAAAGGCUCCAUUGACGAGGUUGAACAGAUGGUGCACAUGACUUGGGUACAACCACGAGUACUCGAUCUGAAUCAGAUUGCUCACAUGAGGGAUCGUUUAUCCGAGUGGUGUGAUAAGGUCAAGACUCAAGUAUACUCUGUUGAAGACCAAGGUCCCGAGCUCCUGGUGUAAAUUAGACUUUUUACCGUCGUAAUUGUAAUAAAUAAAAGUUGUCAAUGGUG